AUGCCGUACUGCGACGUCGGAACACAGAUUUCCUCCCCAACCACCUCCUCCUCCGCCGUCGCACCAGCCGAUGCUCAACUCAACAAUGACGUCAAAAUAUUUUACAGAACUUACGGUCGCGGUCCCACCAAAGUCCUUCUAAUCAUAGGAUUGGCUUCUUCACAUGAAGGGUGGGGCCCACAAAUCAAGGGAUUAACUGGAACAGACGUACCUAACGAUGAAGACGACGUCGUUUGGAGUGGAGGUGACAAUGAGGCCGGUGGUGGUAUCGAGGUUUGCGCUUUUGAUAAUCGGGGCGUGGGUCGGAGCUCCGUGCCUAUCAGAAAGUCCGAUUACUCAACAAGGAUCAUGGCAAAGGAUGCAGUUACUUUGUUGGAUCAUUUAGGUUGGAAAAAGGCACAUGUUUUUGGCCACUCGAUGGGGUCUAUGAUAGCUUGUAAAUUAGCAGCAAUGGUUCCUGAUAGAGUUCUUUCAUUGGCGUUGCUCAAUGCAACCGGAGGGGGUUUUCAAUGUUUUCCAAAGUUUGACCGACGAACAUUUUCUGUUGCUUACCGUUUCUUGAAGGCAAAGAGCCCUGAGCAAAGGGCUGAAGUUGAUUUGGACACCCACUAUUCACAAGAAUAUCUUGAGGAAUAUGUUGGAACUGUGAAGAGGAGAGCGAUAUUGUACCAGCAAUAUGUUAAAGGAAUAUCAAGUAGUGGAAUGCAAUCUAACCACGGCUUUGACGGUCAACUCAGUGCAUGUUGGAACCAUAAAAUGACACAAACAGAGAUCGAAGUAAUCAAAUCUGCAGGUUUUCUUGUUUCCGUCAUUCAUGGCAGGGAUGAUAUAAUUGCUCAGCUAUAUUAUGCAAGAAGACUUGCCGAGAGAUUUCAUCCAAUGGCUCGGAUGGUAGAUCUUCAUGGCGGUCAUUUAGUGAGCCAUGAGCGGCCUGAAGAGGUUAAUCAAGCACUUUUUGACUUGAUCAAGGCCUCAGAAGUGAAGAUGAUCCCUCAUGAUUGGACUAACUUGCCAAAUGCAUUGUCUUAUGAUUUAAUUAGCAUCCAACAGUCCAAAUCUUUACAGCCACACAACACAGAGCUAUGUUUCAUCAGUGUGCAUACCCGGUCUCAGCUGAAUUUACAGUUCGAGUUGGAAAUUCCACCGCAUACAUUGAAAGUCAAUAAACCCCUUCUUUUUAAUAGGUGGGUAAUAUAUAAUUUGGUAAACCCUAAAGGGAUAGAUCACAGUAAGGGUUCAGCUAGAUGA